AUGCGCUCGCGACGCUGGGGGACCGCCUCAUUGGGCGAACGCGGCUCGUUGACGUCUCUCAACUUUGGACCUCAAGCCGGUGACAUGACCACCAGGCCCGUGUGGGGUCGCGGCACCCCGACCACAGGCACAGUUGCUACAUGUUUGACGUCGCUAUCGCUUGCGGAGGUGGCGCCGGGAGAAACAUCCACAACAACAGUGGCGUUGCGCUGCGUUGAGCGCGUGCGGGAGUCGCUGGGACUUGUGCGACGUUACAUGGCUAUGUGGCGACGCUGGGUUCAGCAGCGUCAUGUUCUAGUUGCCCUUCAGCGAAUACGACUGCGGGCUGUGACGAGCCAUUUACUCUCCACGUUUUACAAGUGGUUCUUCUUUGCCUCUUGCGCCGCUGCCGUACGACACCUGAAAAACACAAUUGUGCGAGAUGCAGCUGUAUCGCUUGUCCAUCGCUAUUGGCAGCGGUGGCGGAUGGAAGUGCGGCUGCGGCGGAAACAGUCCAAGCAGCUUGCUUGCCUGCGUAGUAUACGCUACGAGGCUGAGCGGACUCUGGCGAGGCGUUACUGUGUUCGGUGGCGAUCCACGGUGAAACGACGGGUCGAACUGCGUCGGAGACUGGCAGCUGUAUCCGAGUCCCGCACAAUUCGUUUGGCGUAUUGCUACUUUACAACAUGGGUGCGAUGGCGACAGAGGAACUGGCACACAACGCAGCUGAGACAUAUUGCGCAUGCGGCCUACCGUUCUCUGGCUAGACGCACACUACAGAAGUGGAGCCUGCUUGUUUCCCGUCACAUUGUUGUUUGGGACGAGGAAAGGCGAACUCUGGAGGCGUUUGUGCGGGUUUUUUCCUGCGUUGGCGGCGAUACGCUUACGUUUGUAAGGCACUCUGUCGUAUUGGGCACAAGGCUUACUGGCGUGUGGCGCGUCGGGCGUUUCGAAAGUGGAAGCUGUGGCUUGUUCGCAUUGUCGUUGCGUUGCAGCUUGAAGCGUGUAACAUGA